AUGGAUUCGAAGUUUGCCGGCGGCACUGUGCUCGCCCAUUUUCUCACCGAUGAGACCGGGCCACGGUGUGGAGACUUCACUUUCAACGAAGGGGACUUGCUUCUUCUCUGUUCCCGGGAGAUAAACCUCAAUGAACAACCAGCACAAAUGAUGGUCAGUCACCCUAAAAUACCCGGAUUAUCAUGGGUGAUUUUCUUUUACCAAACGGGACCAAACCAGUACCAGCCGAGGAUCGCCUAUGACUUUCCCAGCUAUUUGCGUGGUGACUGUGAAGUUUGUAUCCAGUUUGCCGGAAUGCACUGGCUUGUAAAACACAAAUUUGAGGGCAGUUCCUGGUUGACCACUUCAUUGGCGCCAAAAGUUAUGAAUGAAAGGUGGGUAACCCUGGGAACUGUGAAGAAGGUCGAGGUGCGGAUUAACAUAACCAAAAUCUGGUUCAAGUUCCCCCUAUUCACAGCAUGCUGUCAUCCACUGAAAACUAAGAAAUUCGUGCGGCAACCCGAUUUCACAAUGCCAGACCAUUUUGCGGACGUUCAGCUUGUGCCGGCAGAUCCCAGCAACAGACGCCUAUUUGCCCACAAACAGGUCUUAGCCAUGAACUCACCGUGGUUCUACGAGCGUUUCCGUCACGCCACAACGCUCAACACUGGGGACAUCGGACCAAUAGUCUCCCUUCCCUUCGACUACGACUGUGUGUGGAAUUUCUUGCGUUUUAUCUAUCCUAACAGCGACUUCAUAAUUGAUGCGCAGAACGUUGAAUGUCUGAUGGAUAUGGGCAAGGAGUAUCAGAUGCCCAGAAUUAUCCGGAAAUGUGAGAAAUUCUUGUACAAGUAUAUGGAAGGCGGCUCUGCCGUAUUGGCCUACUAUCUGGGCCGGAAACACGAGCUUAACUCCCUACAGGACGCUGCUCUCCUUCACUUAGCCGAGUUUAAUUCAUCCCAGCUAAGGGCUCGCAUCAAUUUGGACAUGAAGGGCAAGUCCGCGGACACCCAGGAAAUUCUGUUGAAUGACCUCUGUGUACGCCUCUCGGGAGCCCAUAGUUAG